CAACAGUGACUUUUUCCACACAUUUGAAAGAUUAUUAACUUUGCGCAACUAUAAAUACGUUGGAUUUUGCAAUAAUCAUGUGCGGUUGAGUUUGUUUUGGAAAUGUCCUCUACUGUUGCUUCCUCCAAUCAGCCUAUUUUGCGCACACCCCCCCCGCAAGGAUUAUCUUUCUUUCGUUUUCAUUUCCCGGAAGGUUCGAAUGUGAAAAUAGUCGAGUUUUAUUCCUUUGAGAGUAAAAUUCGUGUUAUUUAGAAUGAAGGUCCAAGAGGAGUGAAUUUUCCAUUCAUCAUUUUCAGGAGUUGUGCGUGGGCUUUUAAGGAAAUCAUAUUUCUUUUGACAGUCGAAGAGAUAAAAACAUGGAAGACAUUUCCCCGCCACCUUUGGUAAAGCAGGAAAACAGUGCACACAGUCCUUCAGCUGUGACUCUGACGCAUGUAAAGCAGCUCACCACUCCACUUAAGGUCCAUCAGUCACCCCCCCACCAGCUUCCUGUGGUCAGUCCUCCCACUCAGGAGGACCUAUGGCAUCUACCUGGACGACUGCGGAUAAACCCAUCUCUGUGGGAUAAAGAGGAUGUGGACCAUUGGCUCCACUGGGCUCAGAAGGAAUACUCACUGCGUCGUCCAGAAAAGGGACGCUUUGAAAUGAAUGGCCGUGCUUUGUGUCUGCUCACAAAAGAGGACUUCAGACGACGCUGCCCCAGCUCAGGUGAUGUCCUGUAUGAGAUCCUCCAGUGUGUCAAACAGCAAAGGAGGACUGUUGUCUGUGAACCCCCAAAAUCCACUGGUCACCUCCACAGUCCAGUACCCUCCAACUGUACCCAAAAACCUCAGCCUCAGCCCCCAAGGAAAGACACUCAAGUUUCCCUCGCUCUUCAAGUAGAGUCAGUACCUGCUGCACCCACUGUGACCAACACACCAGAGCCCCUGUCACCUCUCAAGGAGCGCCCGAUGAUUUUUUACCAACAACUUGCUCCACUCACGCAAACUAAUGGGUCCACUGUUGUCUCUACAUUGACCCCCAGCCAAAUUCAACAUCAUUCUGAAAAGGAGACCAUGAUCCAGGAGCCUCUGAACCUGUCCAGUCGGGAACGGCCAAGGAGCCCAUUGCAGAAAGCAAAUGGUCGCAUUCCAGAGUGCCGACUACUGUGGGACUAUGUCUAUCAGUUGCUGUGUGAUGAACGUUACCAAGAAUACAUUCGAUGGGAGGACCAGGACAGUCUGGUGUUCCGGGUAGUUGACCCCAAUGGACUGGCACGUCUGUGGGGAAACCAUAAGACAAACAUGACCUAUGAAAAAAUGUCUCGUGCUCUGAGGCACUACUACAAGCUCAACAUCAUCAAGAAAGAACGAGGACAGAAGCUUCUCUUCAGGUUCCUAAAAAUCCCCCAAGAUAUUAAGAAACAUCAAAAUGACCAUGUUGAGUCACCAGAGAACACGUCACAUCUGGACCAGGACUAUCCAGACAGUAGUCCGACACAGGAGUUCAGUGAGGACCACUUUGAGGUGUCCCCUGAUCGUUGUUCUUCUCCACAGACACCUCAGCCUGGUGCUCCAAUGAGAUAGAAAGCC